UAUAUAUCAAUCAUAAUGCUUAUAAUUAUAAGUCAUUUAUAUAAAGCUUGGAAUUGAUUGUGUAAUACCCCAAUAUUUUUCUAUAAAUUAAAUUUUCGAAGUUUUGGUUUUCUUAAAUAUUAUUAAUAUCAUAUCUUUUAUAGUGUUUUACUUAAUCCAAUGAAAGAGUAUUUAGUCUUCUUGAAGAAAAAAAAAAGACAGCUCGAUAAAGUUAAGAUGACUAACGGAAACCCGAAUAGCAAAAGUUAAAUGAUAUAGCUAGGAAUUAAAUCCUUAACCAACAUUUUCCACCUUCAUUACUUAUUUUCCCCUAUUGAGCAUCCUUCUUUGGAAAAAAAAAAUUUCUCAACCUCUCAAUCUCUCAAAACUCCUAACCCUCAACCCAUCAAUCUGUUAAUCUCUCUCUCGCUCUUCCACCGUAAGCACCACCAUCCCUCGUCGCUCUCUCUCUAUCGCUGACAAACAACCUAAAGGAGAAGGGGAGCAAUCUGAGAAUCAGAAAAUCAUCAGCUUGCAUCGGACUCACUAAAGGUGCCAAAGUACAAGUUCAAUGGAUAGAAAGACGAAGCUAGUGAAGCCAAGUCUUGAAGAAUUGCAUGAAGACCAAGAUCAAGUUAUAGCAUUUAAGUCAUAGAUGCAAUGUAAGUGGUAUAAAGGUUUUAAUGCACUAUAAAGGUUUGAAACUAGAGAGAUGAGUUAGUUGUGGAUGACAAGAAACCUCGGUUACUUGUCAUACACAACUACAAGUAAAUUAAACUUGGUUGAUUGGAACAGUCUGGGAACAAAUCUAAACCAGUCCUCUAGGGUUUAUUUCAUGCAUUCGUAUUUUAGGAAAUUUCUCUUUCCGCGUAAAAUUGAUUUUCACAAUACACGGAUGCAUGGUUUAUUGUGUGAGCAAGAUUUCUUAAGUAUGGUAAGUGUGUUAUAUGAUAUUAUACUGAUUUUAUUUGAUAUCAAAUAAAAUCAGUGAGUAUAUUUUCCUUGGAAUAAUUUCCAUAUUUCCGAGAAAAAUAUACUCUCAUAAUAUUAUGUAAUAUUUACUUACCAAAGGCUUAUUUAAGGAGUUCUGCUAGCACACAAACGUGGGGGCUUGUGCACGCAUAUUUUCAUAAUACUCUAAGCAAAAGCAUUCUCUCUCUCUCAAGCUCUCAAUCCUAGCAUAAACCCUAAUACCACAAUAAGGACUAAAACUACUCUCAUUCUAAGCGUAUUAAGGUUGUUUGUUCUUGAGAGAAAACUUAUUGUAAGUGAGCAAAUUGUGAGUUCAGUUUGCUGGGGAAGUUGAUCGGGGAUCAACUUCAUUUGAACCAUCAUAGUUGAUGGUUGGGUCGAACUUCCAUAGGUGAAAGUUGGGGAAUCAUCUUCUGCAUAGGUGCAUAAGUGAUUGAGUGUAAUUCUUUUGUUAUUCUGAGUUGAUUAAUAAAAGAGUGAGUGAGUAGAGGAUGUAGACUUAUUAGAAGUCGAACCUCGUUAAAUCCUUGUGUUUAUUCAUUGCUUUUAUUUCUGCUGCUAGAGAACUGUUUCAUAACUGUUCUUACUAUAAUCGAAAAAUCUACAACAUUCGGACAAACACUCAAUUCACCCCCCUCUUGAGUGUCACUUGCACUUACAAUUGGUAUCAGAGCCUAACUUCUUGAAAGGGUAACACCUAGAGAAGGAGGAUAUAAUGACUACUCAAGAAAUGACCAGUGGACCCGGAGGAUCAAGGCUACCAAAGUUCAAUGGAACUAACUAUCCUUGGUGGAAGAAUUGCAUGAGAAAUCUGAUCAUUGGCACAGACUAUGAGUGCUGGAUGAUCAUCAGGAAUGGACCAAGGAAGGUGGCUAAAAAUUCAGAUGGAACAGAGAAGAAGGAGACUGAGUACACUACUACAGAUCUGAAGACCUUCGAGAAGAACGCAAAGGCCAUGUCACUACUUCAACAAGGUAUUGCUGAUAAUGAGGUAAGUCGUAUAUUAGCAUGCUAUACUGCUAAGGAAAUAUGGGAAACAUUAGAAUUAGCCUAUGAAGGCACUAGUGAAGUCAGGAGAUCUAAAGUUGAUAUGCUUAUGUCUAAAUAUGAAACUUUUAAUAUGAACCGAGAUGAAAAUAUAAGAGAUAUGUUUACUCGUUUCAUGACAAUUAUCAAUGAACUUAAAUCUCUUGGAAAAGACUUUACUAAUGAAGAUUUGGUGAGAAAGAUCUUGAGAAGUUUGACAGGUAAAUGGCUGCCCAAGGUGACUGCUAUUCAGGAGGCCAAGGAUCUAACGAAAUUGUCCAUGGAACAACUUAUUGGGUCAUUAAUGACUCAUGAGAUGUUGGUGGAGUGAAAGGAGGAAAGCACAACCAAAAGUCGUGGGCUAGCUUUGAAAGGUGAGGAAAAUGAUGAAGAUCUUGAUGAGAUUGGUCUCAUGGCUAAGAGGUUUGAGAGGAGUCUCAGAACGUAGUUCAAGGGGAAGUCUUGGAAGAACAAAGGCAACUUGAAGAA